AUGGCAGAGCAAGAAUCGGAAUACGUUAAACUCAUUAGCAGCGAUGGCUUCGAAUUCAUUAUUCACAGAGAAGCUGCAAUGAGAUCCGGUACAAUGAAGAACAUGCUUUCUGGAGCUGCUAAUUUCACGGAAUCACUGGAGAAUCAAGUAACUUUCCGUGAUAUCAAAGCCAUUGUACUAGAGACGGCAUGCAGAUAUUUGUACUACAAAUGGCAAAAUGAGGGUUCAACUACAGAGAUCCCUGAAUUCGUGAUAGAGCCAGAGCUCGCAUUAGAAACCUUAAUGGCUGCUGAUUUCCUUGACUGUAAGUACUGUUGGCCGUGA